AUGCAUGCAGUGUUUCUGACCCCGCAGCUGCAGCAGCAAUGGCCCCUUUCUCCUGCUGCUGCUGCUGCUGCUGCUGCUGCUCCUGCAGCAGCAGCAGGGCCAGCAACAUCAGCAGCAGCAGCAGCAGCCCGGGGAGCAGCAGCUGCACUAAAGGGCGCUUUGAGUUCGUGUUCUCCUUUAGCAGCAGCAGCAGCAGCAGAAGCAGCAGCAGCAGCAGCAGCAACAGCAGCAGCAGCAGCAGGAGACAGGCCCCCUCUGCCGCCGCACUUGCUGCUGCAGCGCGGGUCCCUCGUAUUAACCCCUGGGUUUGCUGCUGCUCCCCUGUUCCUGCUGCACUGCGUGGAGCCCAAUGCUGUGCUGCCGCAGCAGCAGCUGCUGCAGCAGCUGCUGCAGCUCAUAGCCUGCGACGCGGCUCAAUCGAAGCAGCACAAAAAACAGCAGCAGCAGCAGCAGCAGCAGCUGCAGCAGCAGCUGCAGCAGCAGCAGCAGCAGCAGCAGCAAGAGAGACAACAGAAAGCCCCUUAUCUUCAUAUACUAGAACUAUGUUAUAUGCAUGCGUUUGAUGCUGCUGCUGCUUUGGGGCUGCAGACGCUCGCGGUGCCGCUGCUGGCGACGGGGGCGGGGGGGUAUCCUCUGCAUGCAGCAGCAUACUGUGCUGCUGCUGCAGCACAUCGUUGGCAGCUGCAGCAGCUGCAGCAGCAGCAGCUGCAGCAGCAGCAGCAGCAGCAGCAGCAGCAGCAGAAGAGGCUGAAAAUUGUUUUUUGUACGCCAGAGAGAAAUGAAUGGAGGGCACUAGAAAUUAAUAUAAGGAGACGCAUGCAGCUCUUCACAGCAGCAUAA